AUGAUUAGCGACGUGCAGUUCGCCAUCUUCAACAACAUGCUAGGCCUGUCUCUCUUCCUGCUUGUCCUUCUCUAUCACCAUGUGGCCAUCAACAAUCCCAGGAAGUAG